AUGGAACGCCUCUCAGUUGACUAUGGAAAGAAGUCAAAAUUAGAAUUUGCCAUAUACCCAGCUCCCCAAGUUUCCACUGCUGUUGUUGAGCCAUAUAACUCCAUCCUUACUACCCACACCACACUCGAACAUUCUGAUUGUGCCUUCAUGGUUGACAAUGAAGCGAUCUAUGAUAUUUGUCGUAGGAACCUGGACAUUGAACGCCCUACCUACACCAAUCUCAACCGUCUAAUUGGUCAGAUUGUCUCCUCGAUCACUGCCUCUCUCAGAUUUGAUGGUGCCUUAAAUGUGGACUUGACAGAGUUCCAGACAAACCUGGUGCCUUAUCCCAGAAUCCACUUCCCCUUGGUAACUUAUUCUCCCAUUAUUUCAGCAGAGAAAGCUUACCAUGAGCAGCUCUCUGUCUCUGAGAUUACUAAUGCUUGCUUUGAGCCAUCCAAUCAGAUGGUGAAGUGUGAUCCACGCCAUGGCAAAUACAUGGCCUGUUGUAUGUUAUAUCGUGGGGAUGUCGUCCCCAAGGAUGUCAAUGCUGCUAUUGCUGCUAUCAAAACCAAGCGUACCAUUCAGUUUGUUGACUGGUGUCCUACUGGUUUCAAGGUUGGAAUUAAUUACCAGCCCCCAACAGUAGUUCCUGGUGGUGAUUUGGCCAAAGUCCAACGUGCAGUUUGCAUGCUCAGCAAUACUACAGCCAUUGCAGAAGCCUGGGCCCGCCUGGACCACAAGUUUGACUUGAUGUAUGCCAAGCGUGCUUUUGUCCAUUGGUAUGUAGGAGAAGGAAUGGAGGAAGGAGAAUUCUCUGAGGCCCGAGAAGAUCUGGCUGCACUUGAGAAGGAUUAUGAAGAAGUGGGGACAGACUCUAUGGAUGGUGAGGAUGAAGGCGAGGAAUACUAAACUUCAGAAAAAUCUAAUGUAUAACUGUUGCCACUUGCUGCCUUGCCUGUAAUAAAGUAAAUGGGAAGCACAUCUCUUAAAUGUAAACUGUACACCUAGCAUUCCAUGCCAGAGUGUUUGGAAUAAAUGCUUAUAACCAAGUAAUCUUCCAGAAGAUCUUGCAAGUGCUAAAGUAUUUAGCUGGA